AUGAUCAACCCAGUCUUCCAAAACACGCGAAUUGCCCCCACUUGUUUAGCGUAUCGUCCCUCGUUCGCUAUGCCCUUGUACUCGGAACGACAACUUCGUCCUUUCAACGUCCCAUCCCCUUCACCAAGCGUCGUCUCCAUGUCCGGCAGCGAUGAUACUAGCCGUGCAAGCUCAGCUCCCCCGAGAGCUUACAGACGAGAUGCUGCACUACAUGACGAUUCAACUCCACGCUCUCCCAAGCAUUUGAGAGACGAUGACAUCAAUCCACAGCACCCGUCCGAUCCGACUGCGGUCUCGUCGUCUCCCUAUGUUUCUGACGUUAGUCCAGAGCAUGCCGACGCCAGACAAGACGCACUUCGAAGGGUUCUCAGGGAUGCAUAUCAUCGGUUAGUCGCAUCAGGGCCAGCUCUACUUAUCCUCGACCUCGUUCUGACACCACCAGUGGUACAUAGCCAAUCUACUACCUGUCUUGACUCGACUAGGAAUGGGUACAGAGAUAGGUACUUCAGUCCAGCGUCACAUCGCGCUCCUGAGGUCGUUCCCUGUGCGGCGUGCACUGACAGUACACCUUCUGGAAUUGUGCGCGAUCAUGAAGAACACAGCUCUCGCUAUACCAUCACUAACUACGUCUGUAAGAGUAGUCGUGCAGAUGAACGCUGUUCCAACAUGAACGCGAAACGAAAGCGCCCCGCGGAUUUCGAGGAUCAAGACGAUUCAUCUGAUGGUGACAGCGACGAAUAUAACGCGGACUCGGAAGCGUCCAUCGGUAAACGGUCGACGCCAGACACCAUUGCGAUGGAAGUUAAUUCAAAAUCCGUCCGAGACACGCACCGUUAUUCGAUGGCGAAGGCCACUGAGCCCUCCCAAACCACAGAAGCUUCAAUAUCUGACGCGAGCGCCACUGCUACUGUGACCAAAUCUGCCAGCACUGGCGGUGACAGGAGGUUCAACUCUGAUGAAGAUGGGUUUUUCUACAACGAAGCCGGUGUCAAGCUCGAGGUCAAAGAGGUGUCCGUCUCUUACGAUACGAAGCAGUGGUUGAAGCAUGCAGAGAAAGCGAAGGACGGUCCUAAUCCACUGUGGUGCUGUAUCUGGGAGACGAAAGAUAAUGGAGGAAGAACCAUCUGCGGGUACUCCUCAAAGACCCACCUCGUUAAGCGCCACAUUGAAAACACUCAUCUGAACAUUAAGCGCUUCAUGUGUACCUGGUGUGGCAAGACAUUUACACAGCGCAGCAAUGCUGCUGGCUGCCACUUGAACACACACACAGGCGAAGAGCCUCACAGUUGUAAAUUUUGUGGCGAGAGGUUCAAUGAUCCGUCCAAGAGAUACAAACAUAUGGCACGGCGCCACGACUAUCUUCCUUCAAAGAGACACAAGAAGUUCAAGGCUGACAAUGGCCGGCUCGCACCGCACGAGUCGGUCGCAUUCAGCGUGUCGACGCCGAGCCCUCCGCCGUCCCUUGUUGAUCGUGAAUAG